AUGCCUGCCACAGCACCAAACCUCUUCACCCUGGGUGAGGAGGGUCCUGACCCCGCCUGCACAGAGGGAGUUGUGAACAUGCACUUCUGUGUCGGUGUGACGGGUAACACAGAGGUCGCUCUGCAAAAGAGAAUCAUUGGAGGUGAUGAAUGUGAGCGACAGUAUCAUGUACAACUCAGAGCAGUUUAUCCACAUGGACCUUCCAGCUUGUGUGGAGGCUCUUUGAUCAGCGACCGCUGGAUUCUGACUGCAGCUCACUGUCUGAAGCCAGGAGGGACCAUGUUUGCAAAUCUAAGUGUGCAUCAAGGGGGUCCGGAGCAAGAAGUGCAGAUAACAGCAGAAGCUGAGAUCUAUACAGACAAAGACACCAGCACAGGCAGAGUUCAUGACAUCAUGCUGCUGCAGCUACCUAGCAGCUCUGAUAUCCAACCUAUAAAACUAGCUGACUGUGAUGAACCUCCUAAAAGAGUUGAGAUCGCAGGUUAUGGUGCCACCACUGGACUAGCUAAUGAGAAAAGAAAACCUGGUAAAUCACCCUCUCUUCACUGUGCAGAGACUGAGGUUGUCAGCUGUACAGAGCUCAAUGAUAUUUUACAGAAAAACUUCCCCGAGGUCCACCGAGUCAAGAGCUAUCAACACUGGUUCUGUGGACAAAGUCCUGGGAAAGAUAUAUGUCGAGGAGACUCUGGUGGAGGAGUGGUUCAUAAUGGCAGGAUUUAUGGGGUUUCUUCUUUUGUGGGAGAUCCGGACUUUGUAUGCAGAGCACCGGCUGCCUUCAUGGACCUCUGUGAUCCUGAGUAUGCAGAUUGGAUCAGGAAAACUAUCAACCCAUAA